AUGAUCCGCGAGACACGUUUGCACUUGCCAGAGGUGUCUCGCCAUACUCGCAGAGCGUCUUACGAAGUCCACGACGUUUACGACCCAUCAACGCUUACGACCUUUACGCCGCAACGCCAGCAGCACUCUGUACCUCGUCCUUCUUCCUCCCAUUCAGCCGAUAAUCGUCCCUCUUCAACCGCGGACUCUCAUCGACCGCUGCGCAGAGCUCGCCGAACCUCAGAAGCCGGUCAAUUCCCUCAACGUCGAACUGUCUCGCUAGACGUUUCAAGUGGACGGCCUCCGCGAUCCCAGCCGGCGCAUUCGAUCCCGGUUCUCAUCAACCCCGAUCCCCGGAACGGCAUUGAGACACUCCUUCCGGCUCUUUCAGAAGCCCAAACUGACGAGAACGGUUCGACCGUCGACGAUCCUUACCAGCUCCUCGAUAGCUCGUAUUGGCCGUGGAGAAACACCGGAGUCUCGUCGCGCACGGCAUCUGCGAUUCUCUUUGCGCUCGAGGAAGGCAUCCGUCGGCCGUUUCCAUUUACUACAGAUUGGGACGAAGCGAAUGCUUCUAUGUCAGAUAUGGUAGGCGUUGCUGGUCCCGCUGGCCCCUCUGGCAAUGGCCGCGUUCAGAACGGUAACCCGCGGGCACCGCAAGGCCCUUCACAACCGCCCAGUGGUGUGCGAACUCCGACAGAUAUUAUGAGACAGCGUCGGGACCGAGAGGCUCGUCGCAAAGCGGAAAAAGAAGCUCGCGAUAGAGAGCAGGAAGAACUGGAGAGGCAACAAUUGGAACAAGAGCAGCAAGCACAGGCUCAAGCACAGGCUCAAGCACAGGCUCAAGCACAGGCUCAAGCUCAAGCUCAAGCUCAACAGUAUGCUGCUCGCGUUGCCGCCGACCCUGCUCCUCAGCGCCGAGUGCGGCCUCAGCGGGCUCCUAGGGGACCCGAAGUGCCUUCCGAGGCUCGCGCUGUUACGGCGCCUGGGGUUGCGCCAACAUUCGCUACAACCGCGGGUCCUGCACCGGCUGGAGGUCAAUAUCAGGCUCCCUCCGGCGGUAUAGACAUGAGCCAGCAGCGGCCACCUCAAUCAUCAAGCCAGCAGAACAUGGGUGCUGCACCACAGCAUGCCCGCUCACAGAGUGCGGCGGCAGGGCCCGGCGUCACGUCGGGGACGACUGGGUUCACUAAGCCCUCACAAGCUCCCCCGACCAGCCAGACUGGUGGUUCUCAGACCUUGCAACAGCCACGACGUGCUGCCUUCCCGCAUGCCUUUGAACGCUGGGAAACCCUAUCUUCGCAUUGGGAAGGUCUGACCAGUUACUGGAUCCGGAAACUCGAGCAACACAAUGACGACCUGGAAAAAGAUCCCCUCAGCCAGCAGCUGGCUCGACAGAUCACAGACCUGUCUGCAGCCGGUGCAAACCUCUUCCACGCGGUUGUCGAACUACAGCGCCUCCGCGCAUCAUCCGAGCGCAAGUUCCAGCGCUGGUUCUUCGACACUCGCUCUGAACAAGAACGAGCUAAGGAAGUGCAAGCAGACCUGGAGCGUCAGCUCAAGACGGAGCGACAGGGCCGCGCCGACGCAUUCGCAGCUGCACAAGCCGCUGAAAAGGACAAGACCCGAGCCGAAGAGUUGCUUCGCGAAAUGAAACGCGAACUCAAUAUCUCCAAGGAAGAAGCACGUCGCGCAUGGGAGGAACUCGGUCGUCGCGAACAAGAGGAGCGAGACCGAACCACCUCCCUUCGAAAUGGAGAACCCACCCUCGUGGGCGGAGUCCAAGUCGUGCCCAUGAUCCAAGGCGUCCCCAGCCGGCACAACACACGUCCACCCACUCGCGAUGGUCCAUACCCCGGCGGACCAACCGCGACAUCAAUGGGCACAGACUUCCAAAGCAAACCCGCCGAGCCGCAAUACUACGACGAAGCUACGCCGAUGUCCCCAACGGGGUCCGACCCCUUUAUCGAGACCCAAAAGAACCACCCAUCCGACCCAAGCAAAGCACCCUACCCGAGCCAAAGGUACGAGCACGACCCCAAUGCUCCAUACCCAGGGCCACCAACCUCUGAGCCCGAUCUCCACUCCUACGUUGGCAGCUCCGAAGCCGAAGAGGAGUAUGUCCGCCACCCCGGCGACUCUCAACGCCCCUUCUCCUACGGCGGGCCCCCUUCCGAGGGUAGCGAGGAGUACGAAGAAUCCCCCGUCGACGACCGACACUUUGUGACCGACGGCGCCUACUCCGCCGCUACGAGCUCCGCGCCCACGCACGCGCCCCAACCACCGACUACCGCCGACUACACCGGUUCCGGAUGGGGCGCUGGAACAGGCUGGGAAGCCGUCACCCCGCGACACCGCCAUCCCACACGGCUGAGCGAUGUCCUCGAAGAGGAUGAGCCGAGUCGAACAAGUCCCAGCCGUGCUAGCCAGGCGAGUCGCAGUAUUCUGUGA